AAGGUUCAAGUUGUAUUGCGGUCAACGCCGUUCUUGUUACCGUCGGUAUUCUCGUUGUCCCGUCAUCGGAAUCUUCGUUGAUGCUGUCAUCUUUGUUUUGUUGUUUUUAUACGCAUAUCACUCGAAGAAAUACUUGCAAAAGUCAUGGCCAGAGAUAAAAACCAGGUCCCACUUAAAAUUGCACACAAAACUUGAUGAUUAUAUUUCGAAGAAAGAGAGAGAGACACAGAGAGAAAUUUAUCUCGCAAAAAAAAAAAAAAAAAUCAGAAAAAGUACAGAAAGAUAUAAUCAUGGUUGGUACAGCUACAGUCAGGGAGGAUUACCACCCAUUCAUCGAACAAUGCUUGCCGUUGGUGAAGACAUUUUCCUACACAUGGUUCAACAUGCAAGCAAGAAAGCGUAAACAUUUCAAGAAACACGACUCCAAAAUGAGUAUGGAGUUGUUACGUGAAACUAAAGACGAGUUAGAAAAUCAACCUUACGAUGUAAAACAAAAGUGGGCGUCGAGAUUGUUAGCAAAACUACGAAAAGACAUUAAACCAGAAUGCAGGAGUGAAUUUAUUGCAGCGGUUACAGGUAAAGAAAACACUGAGUGUAUUAUUUCCAAUCCUGAUCAGAAAGGGAAAAUGAGAAGAAUAGACUGUCUUCGACAAGCUGAUAAAGUAUGGAGAUUGGAUUUAGUUAUGAUGAUAUUAUUUCACGCCACCCCACUGGAGAGCACAGAUGGAGAGCGUCUUGGAAAGAUUGCUCGCUGCAAACACCGCAUUUUAUGCGUGAAUCCAUCUCAUAUUUGUAUAGUGGCAAAAGAGUUAGAUCUCUUUUUAUCCAAUUACCUGCCGCAAAGAGGCUUAGAAGGUGAACCGAACAUUUUAACAUCAGGUGUAUUCAGCAGAAAAGAAUUAGACAGAUAUGCACGAGAAUCCAUUGUUUAUCGUCCAUUUCCAAAGAGCUUGGAAAGUCCUCAAUCCAAUUCACCAUAUGGUUCCUACAGUGAGUUAUCGACAACUCGGCCUGUUGCUAUCAAACCAAGCCAAAGAACACACCCAUAUUUCAAUUAUUUACGUCAUCAGUCAAGAUUUGAUGACAAGAUGUCAUCAUUCGAUGACGACUUGGUCAAAGAUGAAGUAGUUGAUGAGCAAACCUGGCACAGCGAUAAUGAUUCAGGAGUUGGCACACCCACAAGAGUAAAGCAUGGUCAUCAAUCCAUUAGUCCAUUAGGUAGCAACUCACAACUGGCGUAUUCUACAUACACGCCUAACUCUCCAUCUCAGCAGUACGGAUCUCCUCCACAGUCCAAUACAACCGAUCUGCAAUUGCAAUAUGCAGCCAACCAAUUUGCAAAGUCAUAUACAAACAUUAGGCAAUACACAAAUGAUGACAAUAGCACCUAUGCAAGUCAAUAUGGUUCAGCAUUUACCCAACAACAACCAUCAUCCACAGCGUUUACACGUAGCCAGUCCACAUCAUAUGGUUCGCCAUUAAUACCAUCCAAACAGCGUUCACAUACAUUUCCGACUGCAUACGAACGAAUGGGAUCGCUAAACCUUUUCAACAGUAGCAACAGCCAACAAUUAGAAGCUAUCAGCAGCUACAACAGUUUGUACAGCCAAAUGAACUCACCAGUGAGUGCCACACCACAAAUCAGAAAUAUUCAACAAAUCAAGAACGAAAACCCAUUUUCAAACAUGCCAUACCAGAAACAAUCCUACGGUGGAGCGUACUCUUCGCAGCAGGACACGCGUAUGUUAGAUUUCAACAGUUCAUGCGGCUCACAGAUAUCUACAGCGUCAAUGACCAGUUGUCAGUACAACCCACCAAUCGUUGAUGUAGGUGAAAGCACACAAUCGAACACGAUAAAUCUCAGUAGUGGUGCAAAUACGCAAAGUACUAUGGAUAUGACAAAUAUGAGCCAGGCACAGAUGAGUGAUGAUGAAAUGUAUGGAGAUAAUAGUGGCUAUCCAACCUUGUCAAAUCUCUUCGCUGUUCAUGCAAAUCAACAAAACACCAAUAUAGAAAAAAUGUUCCACAUGAACGUAGCAGAACAACAACAGCAACAACCACCAGCUACUAUACAUUUGUAAAAAGAAAAAACACGCACUUUUUUUAAAGUGAAAAAUCGAAAACUAUCUACCCUUCUACAAAAUCAGUGUAGUUCGCAGAACAGACUUUUUCCCUGUUCCGUUAGAUAUAGAAGUUUUGUAAAUUAUAUUGUUUAAAUAUGGUUUUGUAAAUACUAUUUUAAAACAAAAUUUAUAUAUAUUAUUCAAUCAUUAUUUUUUUACGUUAUCAAAAAUUUGCCACUUUUGUGUGUGCACUUUUUGAUGACAACAAUAGAAAGGGACAGAUAAUUUCGUGUAGCUUUUACACAAGCACAAUAAAUAUAUUAUAAUUUGAUUCAAACAAAUAACCGACUCUGAAACUCCCGUAGUCACAUCGCUUUAUGUCAUAUGUUAUGAAUACAACAUGUUGUUGUUUCCAGAGAAUCAAAAUUUGUACAUCACAUCAAAGUCCGAUGACAAGUUAAAAAAAAAUAAAGUAACAAUGUAGCUUGUGUAAAAAGGACACGAAAUUGUCUGUGGUCCGUCCAAUGAAAAUUUGUUACACGAAUUGAUUACUCUCUUGAUUAGCACAUUUUGUUUAUUUAAAUGCAUCGUUAAUUAAUGUAUAUAUUUAUUAUUUUUUAUAAUUGUAUAUGCAAUUUCUAGAAUAUAUUGAAGGUAAUUUUUGUACGUCUGCACUGGGUUACACUCGCACUUUUUAGAAAAUAAAUCAGUCUGUAAUCGGAAAAAAAUGAUAAAGAAAAAUCAAAACAAGUAUAUAUAAACAUGUUCUCUACUUUAUUUUAUAUUUCUUUAUUAAUGUUCUCUUUAUUUAUUUUUUUGUAUUCAGAUUUUUAUUCGUGUAAAAAAGGACAGACAAAUAUGGAUGUUUCAUUUGCUCUUAGUCAUGUAACAACAACACAAAAAUCAGUCGCAUUAAAAUAAAAUAUUUCCUUAUACCUUAAGCGAAGAAACUUCAAUUUCGCGAAUUCGAAAAUAUCUCGCGAAACUCGCAAAAUUUUCUUUCCUUAAGGUACUAUGUUUUAUUAUUUUACGGAUUGUUUUAUAUUUAGUCACUAGCUUGAAGCAAGUUCAUUUUGCUCCGUAUAAAAGAUUAUUCAAUACCACAAAAUAUUGCUAUUUAUACUUGUUUGCUAGUUCUUAGGAUAGCGAGAAGAACACAUAUUUAGGUUUGUUCAAAGAGAGUGAAGGCAUGCUCAAAUGUCGGCAUCAACAUGAGCAUUUCUAUCAUCAACCUAAAAAGUAUUUUAGAAGCUUUGUCUGCCUUGACUUAACUCAUUGAAAAUUUUGAUUUUUUUACACUAUUCAUUGAAAAAUUAACAGCUUCUAUAUUUUUCUUGGUUAGAUUCACCCAGCUCAUCAAAUAGGCCUAAAAAUGUGUUUUUUUCUGGUAUCUGUGGGUAAUUCUUGGUAAUUAUUUGUUACAAAAUGUAAGUCAAUUUUUUUAUAUAUGUGGGAUUUAAAACUUUACAUUUUUCAUAUCAGACGUCAAAUAGUCUAGCAGGUCUACUCUUUCUCAGAAAAAGAUAAAUAAAAAAAAGAAUCAACGCGAAUUUCUUUUUAUUUAUUUAUUUUAUUAUUUUUAUUAUUAUUAAUAUCAAAUGUCUAAUUCUUUUUGUUGAACAUUUAUAUAUUCAAAGGUUAAAUAUCUGAUAGAAUUUUUCUCACGCUGUGUUAUUUUGUAUUCUCAUACUAUCCAAGGUAUGCUUCAGGAAGGCUUUUACUUAAUUGAGUUUGUGUACGAAGAGAUAAUUCCAAGAAAUCUGGCUAAAAGUAACUUUUUGCUGAAAUAUUAGGACAUAUUAUAUAUGUGUAUUCCAUAAUUCGCUUUUAGAGGUGGACGCCUAACUUUAAAUUAAAUUAUUCCGACACUCACUUUAACACAACACCUGGUAAAUCGAGAAAAAUCCUGUUAUCUUACUUAGUCAACAUUACGUAUUGUUACAUAUCAUUUCUCCAUAUUAGCUUAAAAUAUUUUUUAUUGUGAUCCUAUCAUUGAUUAUUGAAUGAUUACGUCCAACCUAUAUGUUGUAGGUUUUAGCUUGCUUUAAGCAAACGUUUAUAUGAAGCAAUAUUGUAUGAAGAAUAAAAAUAAAUUGAUAAA